AUUGUGAACUUCAACUUAUCAGUUUUUAACUAUACAGCACUUUAGUUCCUUUCAGAUUGUUUCCGUGAACGGUUGUGCGAUUGGUAGCUGUAAUAAAGUGCUUCAAUUAGACUCAAGGAUGGACGCCAUGGAAUACAGUUUAGACGAAAUCAUUGUUAAACAAAAGAGAAAACCGUUAAUUUUCAAGGAAACAAUUUCUGAAAAUAAUAGGGAGUCGGUUUUAUAUAAAACUUUGGAGCAGAUCAUUGUGGAGAACAAAAGCUUAUUUAAAGUUAACAAUCGCCGUCGCUAUAGACGUCAGCAGGAUAAGUUUGGUCGAAAGAAUCGCUCACAUGCAGGAAAACGAUUCUUCCAACGUGCUUAUAAGAAACCUAAAAAUAAUUAUAGUCUCAUAAUGGUUUAUAAUUUGGCUGAGAGCGUUUCUACUGAAGACAUUUAUCAACUGUUCGGAGAGUAUGGAAAGUUGAUGACUGCAAGUAUACAUUACGAUGUAGAUGGCACAAGCUUGGGAAUAGCCCAUGCAAUGUUUGAGAAUCGUUCUGAUGCGUUAAAGGCCAUCCGUGCUUACGAUGGGCGCACACUGGAUGGCCAAACAAUGUCAAUCAAACUUAUAUAUCGGAAAAAUCAUUGUAAAUAUAGCGCAAUAAUUAACAUGGGCCGUGCAAUACGAGACUGGAAGUCACGUCGCUACAAUUAUUAACAUUAUUUUUUUGUAAUAAGAAAUUAAUA